AUGGAUCUAAGAUGUCGGGAUUCCUGCAGAGAUUUGGAGAAUGUAAUUACUCAGGAAAAUCUACUUCGCAAAUGUGUCUUGAAACCUGACACAAAUAAACUUUUAACCGGUCGUCCAGUACUUGGGAACUUGACGAACAGACUACGGAAUGAAACAGGAGCUCAGUUAUGUAAAAGCAAGCAGACAUUUGCUGCACUUCACAAUAAAAAUGCCAAACUUUUAAACAGAGAAGCGGAAUACUUAUCAGGAUCUUCAACCACAUUAUGUGCAUUCAGUCAGAUAGAUAUAGGUUCAGCAUCAAGCAGUGAUAGCGGUUACAGUAGUACACUUUCAGGGUCAGCUCUCGAACACUCCAAACUUACAUCUCACUCGCUUUUAUGCGUCAAACCGUCGGAAGAUGAACAGAUACCACUGUCCAAACGUCCUCGCAUUGAUGACUGUGAAUCACUUCAAAGUGAAGCAUCCAUUUCAGAUAUUGACGAUUCAGAAGUUGACAGAAGACCGUUUAAAUCCAAACUGGCAUGUGACAUUGUUCGAGCUGCAUUUGCUGAUCGUGUACAAUUAGAAGAACUGCUAGCCGAAUGUAGAAGAGCUGAUUUUGCUAUAUCUGCAUUGGAUCGCUCACCAGUGGACCGUAUGAUGGAAGCUACAGACUAUAUAGUUGGCAUUAUGGCUUAUGAACAGACAAGGGAAACUAAAGAGUGUUUUCAAGUGGGUGAUUUUUUGGCCUCCGGUAAACAACCUAAUCUCAAUGCUGAUAUGUUAACAACAUUGGCCGAUUGGUUGGUAGAAGUACAAGAGAAUUUUGCACUAAACCAUGAAACAAUACACUUAGCUUGGGGUCUGUUGUAUGCAUUUUUGGAUCGUGGUAAAGCUCUUGCUCGACGGGAAAUUCAAUUGAUGGCGUGUGCAGCAAUCAUGGUUGCGUGUAAACAUGAAGAACGUCAAAUGCCUCAUCUGAAUGAAUUUAUGUAUAUAACAGACAAUGCAUAUACAAAAGAUGAGUUUAUUGAAGCUGAACGUCGUCUACUGGUUGCGAUUGACUUUGCUGUUCAUCGUCCAAAUCCAUAUGUGUUUUUGCGUCGUUAUGCUCGGGUUUUGGAUGCUCACAGUGGACCAAUUCAGUUUACCUCACGAUUCCUCUUAGAAGCUGGUAUGCACAGUCAUGUGAUCAGUUUAAAGCGUGAAUCACGUAAAGCUGCAGCUGUCUUAUGGCUUGCUCGAGUUGUUCUUCGUAAUCCAUCGUAUGCAGAUUGGACACGUAGAGCUGAUGUACAUCAGUUAAGGCAAUUAAUUCAAAACAAUCUGUAUGCUCAAGCUUAUUAUACUCAUUGUCGAAAUCAGAAAACUAAAAUAACUAAUAAUAAAAAUAAUCCUCGAACAAGAUUAAGUCAAUUGGCUGGACAAACUGUUGAUUCAUCUAAAUCUCCACACAAUUUAUCAGCUUCAAGUUCAUGUGACUUUGAUUGUUUUCAGUUUAAAUUCACAGAAAAGCCUUUUAAUGGUUUAUCCUGUGAUAAUUUGGAUGAGUCACUGAAUCUGACUUUCUCUACUGUUGUACGUGCACCACAUUCAACGCCCAGUAGUAACAAUAAUCUCCCUGCUUCAUCAUCUGUGAUUGACUCUUCUACUGAAAAUCACGCUUUUGAUAAUCUGGAUCCGUCAGUCAAAUCUGAUCUUGAAGCAAUGCAGUUAGAAGAAGAACAACGUCAACCAUUGUGGCCUCCUAUUUUAGAGCAUAUAACUGGUUACAAAGAAGCAGAUUUGAUCCCUUUAGCUCUACGUUAUCAUUCAAUCGCUUUAAGGUUAAUAGCUGAAGUUGCUCGUGGAGGUCGACUGGCUUCAGCUAGUACUGAUAACUCUGAUAUGCCUACUAAUCUAAGCGUAAAAAAAUCGGAUAAUGGCGGAAAUGUUCAUAUAAAUGAAGCUGAUGCAGAAGACCCAUCAGCUGCACAGAAUUCACGUUGUGUAUCACCUGGUGGCCAUUAUUUACGUCGUCAGUCUGUCAGUAAAUACUGUUCAAGUGCAUUUUUAAGUGUAGCUGAUGCUUAUCCUCAGUUGGCAUUUGACAAUUUUGUCCCAUAUUUCCCAUCCAUCCAAUGCACAGAAACAUGCCAGUGUUUUGUUUGCGUUAAUCUCAUCCGUCGAAUGAAUUAACAACAACAAGAACAACAAUACCAAGCCUUUAAGUGUAGGCUAGAGAAGCACUCUCUCUUCUUUAUUUAUUUUAUUUCCCCUACUUCAGUUAAUCUUCUCAACUACUUUAUGCAGCAUUUUUAUCUUGUCACUAUUUUCUUUUUUUUAUGAUUAUUGUCAACUUGUCUUUCGUAUGUGGUAUUUUUUUAUCUAUGUAUAAUCCAUCAAUUCAUCUACUGGUUUUUUAUGGAUUUUUUUUACUGUUGUUAGUAAAACAUUUGAUUUUAAACGAAGAGCUACUCUCUGAUUUGAUGGUUUUUAAUAUUUGACGUAAAUAUCUAUUCUCCUAGGAUUUUCUAUUCCCUGAAAUGUGACAUUAUUUCAUCAGGCUCCGCCGCCUCCUCCUCCUCAGGUGAAGAUGUUUUUGUGUACAUAGGUAUUCAUGUAAUCUCUAAAGCACACAUAAUCUUCACUUUCAUAUUAUAUAUAUAUAUCCUAUCACUAUUAAAAAACAACUAAUAUUUGGUUAUUGAUUUCUUUUUUAAUCA